AUGGAGUACAUUGAUACGUAUCCGGAGAGUGGGCUUUUGCUUGGCGAUAUGCUCAGGGAUCACCACAAGACAGGAGACACGGCAAAGGCACUGGUGUCUAUAAAAAAAGAACGGUUCGCUGAAUGA